AUGAAACCCCUUUCCAGAGACGUCGUCGUCGCGUUCCUGCAUUCCAAUUCUGAUCCAACGGUCAGGGCAUCCGGUCAGCCACCGACUACUACGUACGCACGCUGACCCAUUACCCGAUCACCAAUCAGCCGACUCCUUUACGGUCCACAUUCAAAUUUUCAACGGUCAAACAUUCAAUUCAAACCCUAUUCCUACCCUUUGAAAGUUUCUUACCCAUAACCCACAAUCACAAGCAAUAUAUAGUCCAACAUCUCCUACCCCAACAUCAUCAAACUAUACAGCUUCUACUUGUAACAAAAAUUAGCCCAUCAAAUUCUAUCCCAAUACCAACAUAUAUAGAGUCUUGCUUGAUUUCCAAAGAAAUUAGCAUCAGGAUCUUGCUUGUGUUUUCUGAUUUCGGCUAGAUAUAUAGAUUUGUGGUUCGUCGUAAUGACUUUCUUGUGGAGGCGGAGGAGGGGCGGCCGCGGUGGAGCUGGAAAAACUGAGGUUUUUAAAGGGAUCAAUCAAGAUAUGGAGCUCACAGUUCCUACACAUUUUAGGUGUCCGAUAUCACUUGACUUGAUGAAAGAUCCGGUCACGUUGUCGACUGGGAUCACGUACGAUAGGGAGAGUAUCGAGAAGUGGAUAGAUGCCGGGAACAUAACGUGCCCCGUCACCAACCAAGUCUUGAGAAACUUUGAUCAGAUCCCAAAUCAUUCCAUAAGAAAGAUGAUCCAAGAUUGGUGCGUUGAGAACAAGUCUUGUGGAGUUGAAAGGAUUCCAACACCUCGCAUUCCAGUCACCCCUUAUGAGGUUACCGAUAUUCGUUCAAGAAUCGUGGCGGCUGCACGACUUGGAGAUGCAAGAAAGUGCCAAGAAUUGGUAGGGAAGAUCAAGAAUUUGGCUAAGGAGAGUGAACGCAACAGGCGUUGCAUUGUUGGCAACCGGAUUGGCUCCGCAUUGGCAGAUUCAUUCGAGUCUUUUGCACGUUUUUCAGUCGAUACACACGUGAAUCUGCUGAAAGAAAUCUUGGCUGCAUUGACAUGGACGUUCCCACUAGACGAAGAAGGCAUUUCCAAGUUGAAAUCUGCAGUCUCUCUACGUUGCAUGGUGUGGUUUUUGAAAAGUGAAAAUGAUCUUUCCUCAAGACAAAACGCGAUUUGCGUGUUGAAGGAACUCAUUUCUGCCGAUGAGGCCUGUGUUGAUGGCCUAAUGGGAAUUGAGGACAUAGAAGAAACAUUGUUUCACACUGUCAAAGUCCCAAUUUGUCCUAAAGCUACCAAGGCAAGCCUAGUGAUAAUUUACAAGAUGAUCAAGUCAUCUAUAGGGACGAGGGGCGAAAUCGCGUUGAGGUUUAUCCGAAUGGGGCUAAUCCAUUUGAUUCUUGAAAUUCUUGUCGACGGUGACAAAAGCGUCUGUGAGAAAGCGUUAGUUGUCAUGGACAGUAUUUGCAGCUUGGAAGAAGGGAGGGAAAACGCGUAUGAGAACGCGCUAACCGUCCCAUUGCUAGUUAAAAAGAUCCUACGUGUGUCGGACACGGCCACGGAAUUCUCUAUUUCGAGUCUUUGGAAGCUUUGCUUGGGAGAAAAUGAGAGUGCCCUGGUUGAGGCAAUGCAACUUGGGGCUUUCCAGAAGCUAUUGGUAGUCUUGCAAAUUGGGAGUGGUGAAAGAACAAAGGAGAAGGUGACUGAGUUAUUAAAGCUGAUGAAUCUGUGUAGAGAUAAGGUAGAUUGCGUUGAUUCAUCUAUGGGAUUCAACUACAUUAAAAGGUCAAAUUGAUUUUGUAAUUUAGGCCAAGAAUUGAACUUUUGUUAGUGGGCAGUACAAACUGUACAGAGAAAAAGAAAAAAAACAGUACAGAAAUCAGUAUAUUGAAUUCAAUCAUCAGAAUUUUGUGGUAUUCUUUUGACAAUAUUUCACACUUUUUUGGCUUUAAAAUGUUGUAAUUCUUUGCCUUUUGUUGAAGUAUGUAAGUGAGAAGUCAUUUUUGACUCAA